AUGGAUUUCAAACGACCAUCUAAUCAGAUCGGCCUAGCAGCAUUAGUUCUUGUAAUAUGCUGGACUUCAGGGGCUUUAGCUCAGUCGGGCUGCACGACAGAGCUGGCAACCUUGUAUCCUUGUCUGAAUUAUGUCUCCGGGAACUCAUCGAGUCCCUCAUCAACCUGCUGUUCACAGCUCGGCGCAGUGGUUCGGUCAAAUCCACAAUGUCUUUGCUUACUUCUGAAUGGCGGCGCAUCCUCCGUUGGCCUCAAUGUCAAUGAAACUCUGGCUCUUGAGCUGCCGGAUAAGUGCAAUGUGCAAACUCCUGGAGCUAGCAAAUGCAAUGGGAACGCACCAAGUUCCUCAUCAACACCAGCAGCUUCCUCAAAUCAAACACCUGGAACUUCAAAUCAAACACCUGCAUCUUCCACAUCAACACCAUCUGUAACAAAUACUCCCGCAGGUUCAAAAACAGUACCCGCUGUAGAUGGUUCUCCAUCUGCUGGAAGCAGCGUCAAGGCAUCAUUCAUUCUUGCCGGUUUCUUCCUCCUCGUAGCAUUAUAUGGAACAGGAAUUUGA